CCCAUUCUCUUUCCUAUUUUUGUUGUGGUGUUACCUUUGAGUGGACAAAUGAAAUUUUCCAUAUUUUCUCCUCAAUAUCGUUCUCUUUAGCUACAAUCCCUUUCCUUUCCCUCCAUUCCCCUUCUCUCAAUCUCAAUUCACAAAGUUAAUUGUCUAUUCUUUUUAUGUCGUUGGUUCCUUAGGAAAAGGGUCUAGUUCCAAUCUUCGAAGGAUUGAAAUUGAAGGAAAAACUAUAUUUCCCUUCAUUUUCUGGUUUUGGGUUCCUUUAAAUUUUGAAGGAAAAGGGUUUAGUUGGAAUCUCGAGGAGAAUUGAAGUGUUUUGCAUGAGAAUAUGUCCAUACCAAAGGAGUUAGAGCAAGUGAUGAAAACGAGAGGGGGCUCGGUGUUGGGAAAAAAGACAAUUCUCAAGAGCGACCAUUUCCCUGGAUGCCAAAACAAGCGAUUAUCUCCCCAGAUCGAUGGUGCCCCCAAUUACCGUCAGGCAGAGUCAUCGCGUGUUCAUGGUGUGGCAAUUCCAACCAUUGUUGGAAUUCAUAACGUUCUUAAGCAUAUUGGUGCCCAAAAGGAUGGGAAGCAAGCACAUGUUCUUUGGGUUAAUCUUCGAGAGGAACCGGUUGUGUAUAUUAAUGGACGUCCCUUUGUUUUACGCGAUGUGGAAAGGCCCUUCUCCAACCUUGAAUAUACAGGAAUCAACAGAGACAGAGUUGAGCAAAUGGAAGCACGAUUAAAGGAAGAUAUUCUGUUGGAAGCUGCUAGAUAUGGAAAUAAGAUCCUUGUCACCGAUGAACUUCCAGAUGGUCAGAUGGUGGACCAGUGGGAACGAGUAUCCUGUGAUUCUGUGAAGACACCUCUAGAGGUGUAUGAAGAAUUGCAAGUCGAAGGAUACUUGGUUGACUAUGAGCGUGUGCCUAUAACAGAUGAAAAAUCACCGAAGGAACUCGAUUUUGAUAUUCUGGUUCAUAAAAUUUCUCAAGCUGACAUAAGCACAGAUGUUGUUUUUAAUUGUCAAAUGGGACGGGGAAGAACGACUACUGGCAUGGUGAUUGCGACUUUGGUUUAUCUCAAUAGAAUUGGAGCAUCUGGCAUUACAAGAAGCGAUUCAAUAGGCAAAGUUUUUGAUUCUGGUCCUAAUAUCACUGACAAUCUGCCCAACUCUGAGGAUGCAAUUCGUAGAGGUGAAUAUGUAGUCAUUAGAAGCCUGAUUCGGGUCCUAGAGGGUGGUGUGGAAGGGAAAAGACAAGUGGACAAGGUCAUCGAUAAAUGUGCUUCCAUGCAGAACUUAAGAGAAGCAAUUGCCACUUAUCGCAAUAGUAUCCUUCGUCAGCCGGAUGAGAUGAAGAGGGAAGCAGCGCUUUCAUUUUUUGUGGAGUACUUGGAGAGAUAUUACUUUCUAAUAUGCUUUGCUGUAUAUAUCCAUUCAGAGCGGGCAUCUCUCUGUUCUGGUUCCUUUGAUCAUACAAGUUUUGCUGAUUGGAUGAAGGCAAGGCCAGAGCUAUAUAGUAUUCUUCGCAGGUUGCUUCGGAGGGAUCCAAUGGGUGCACUUGGAUAUGCAAAUCUGAAGCCAUCUUUGACAAAGAGUGCGGAAUCUGCUGAUCAUCGCCCUCAUGAAGUGGGUGCAGUUGCAGCUGUGAGGAAAGGAGAGGUUCUUGGGAGCCAGACUAUCCUUAAAAGUGACCACUGUCCUGGUUGUCAAAGUGUAAGCUUACCAGAGAGAGUAGAGGGUGCUCCUAACUUCAGAGAGGUUCCUGGGUUUCCUGUUUAUGGAGUUGCAAAUCCAACUAUUGAUGGAAUUCGAUCUGUCCUUCAAAGGAUUGGUAGCUCCAAAGGUGGUCGUCCAGCUUUUUGGCACAAUAUGCGGGAAGAACCUGUCGUUUACAUUAAUGGAAAGCCAUUUGUUCUCCGUGAGGUUGAAAGGCCCUAUAAAAACAUGUUGGAGUACACGGGGAUUGAUCGUGAGAGAGUAGAGAGAAUGGAAGCUCGGUUGAAGGAAGAUAUCCUGAGAGAAGCUGAACAUUAUGAGGGUGCCAUAAUGGUCAUUCAUGAAACAGAGGAUGGUCAAAUAUUUGAUGCUUGGGAACAUGUCAACUCCAAUUCUGUACAAACUCCUCUAGAGGUUUAUAAAAGCUUAGAGGAGGAUGGUUUUCCCAUUAAAUAUGCUCGUGUGCCCAUUACGGAUGGAAAAGCUCCUAAAAGUUCUGACUUUGAUAGACUGGCUGCAAACAUUGCUUCUGCUUCAAAGAAUACUGCUUUUGUAUUCAAUUGCCAGAUGGGAAGAGGGAGGACAACAACCGGUACUGUAAUAGCUUGCCUUGUGAAGCUUCGUAUUGAUUAUGGGAGACCAAUUAAAGUUCUGCAUGAUGAGGUUAACCAUGAACAAGCAGAUGGGAGCUCCUCUAGUGGUGAAGAAAGUGGAAGUGAUGCAACUAGAUUGACCUCUGCUGCUGUUAAAGUUAGAACUAAAAAUGAGCAAGGUCGUGCAUUUGGCAUUGAUGAUAUCCUACUUUUGUGGAAGAUAACAAGAUUAUUUGAUAAUGGGGUGGAGUGCCGUGAGGUCUUAGAUGCUAUUAUUGAUAGAUGUUCGGCACUACAGAACAUACGACAAGCAGUUCUGCACUACAGGAAGGUGUUCAACCAACAUAUUGAGCCAAGGGUGAGGAGAGUAGCUCUGAACCGUGGAGCUGAGUACUUGGAGCGGUACUUUCGUUUAAUUGCUUUUGCUGCAUAUCUUGGAAGUGAAGCAUUUGAUAGGUUCUGUGGACAAGGAGAAUGUAUGAUGACAUUUAAGAGUUGGUUGCAUCAGAGACCAGAGGUUCAAGCAAUGAAAUGGAGUAUAAGAUUAAGGCCUGGGCGAUUUUUCACUGUUCCUGAGGAGUUAAGAGCACCGCAUGAAUCGCAACAUGGAGAUGCUGUUAUGGAAGCCAUUGUAAAGACACGGAAUGGUUCUGUUUUGGGGAAAGGCUCUAUACUUAAAAUGUACUUCUUUCCUGGUCAGAGAACUUCCAGCCACAUCCAAAUUCAUGGUGCACCACAUGUUUUUAAGGUGGAUGGAUACCCUGUUUAUAGCAUGGCAACACCGACAAUUAUUGGUGCCAAAGAGAUGCUUACAUAUCUAGGUGCCAAGUCCAUUGCAGGAGUUGAUGGUAAGAAAGUGGUGGUAACUGAUCUUAGAGAAGAGGCAGUUGUGUACAUUAAUGGCACGCCAUUUGUACUGAGGGAGUUAAAUAAGCCUGUCAAUACCCUUAAGCACGUUGGAAUUACCGGGCCAGUGGUGAAACACAUGGAGGCACGACUAAAGGAAGAUAUAUUGUCCGAGGUUAGACAAUCUGGUGGUCGAAUGCUUUUACAUCGUGAAGAAUUUAGUCCAUUGACAAAUCAGUCCAGUGUUGUAGGAUACUGGGAAAACAUCUUUGCUGAUGAUGUGAAGACAGCUGCUGAAGUAUAUGCUGCUCUAAAAGAUGAGGGCUAUAAUAUAGAAUAUAGGAGGAUUCCAUUAACUAGAGAGAGGGAGGCUUUAGCUUCUGAUGUGGAUGAAAUCCAGAACUGUCUAGAUGUCUCCUCAGAUUGUUACCUUUAUGUAUCACACACUGGAUUCGGCGGAGUUGCAUAUGCAAUGGCAAUCAUUUGCUGCAGACUGGAUGCAGUGGUGAAUGUCAGUACAUCCACUGCACAAUCAUUGGGUGAUGCACAUCGACAUUCUACAGCUGAAGACAACAUGUCAUCCUGGACUUCUGAUGAAGAAGCACGAAGGAUGGGUGAUUAUCAUGAUAUACUAAGCCUUACAAGAGUUCUCAUGCAUGGUCCCAAAAGCAAAGCAGAUGUUGAUAUCAUUAUCGAAAGGUGUGCUGGUGCAGGGCAUUUACGAGAUGAUAUCCUUCAUUACAGUAAGGCACUUGAGGAGGUCCGUAAUGAUGAUGAUGAGCAUCGAGCAUGCAUCAUGGAUAUGGGCAUUAAGGCUAUGAGGCGUUACUUUUUCCUCAUCACGUUCCGGUCGUACCUAUACAGCACAUCUCCAACUGUGAUGAAAUUCACAACUUGGAUGAAUGCAAGGCCAGAAUUACGACAUCUCUGUAAUAAUCUUAGAAUCGACAAGUAGAUUCGACAGAUUAUAAUGAUCCUCAACAUUCAAAUGUAUGUUUGUACGCAUGUGUAUGUAUGUAUGAUGUAUAGGUUUCAACGCCGGUCAUAGCCUUUCCCUUUAUGAUUGAUUGCUAUAACACACAAAGAGGGUUGUUAUAGUUUUAUCUUGAGCUUUCAUCACUCGGCCGGUGAUGUUUAGAAGCCUUUUUGCCGGAGCUUAGCCGACGUAAAAGUUCACAGGGUCAUAUAAGUUUACAAAUUAAGUAGUAAACUGACCCAAAUGUAUUGUAUUCGGUUAGAAAUUCAGACUGCAAGAGUCUUGUUCUUGUUUUUAUUUUUCCAGUUAUAGAAUUGUACUCGUAUUUCCUUUCA